GGCGGGGUCGGUGGAACCAGCGAGUCGUCGCGUUCCUCGGGGCUUCUUGAGUGCUGUAGUUCUUGGGCGCGGGAUUCUCAAGACGCCGGCCGUCGUCCGUUCUCUUUUCUAAAGCCUCGGGUGGUCGCCAUCUUGGCGCGGCUUAAUUGUUGCGGAAGCGGGGGCUGGUGAGAGACUGAGGUGUGUCUACCUGAGCUUUGCUUUCCCUUCGCCUGCUAUAUUGCUCUUCUCGCCUCCCCUGAAAGGGAACUUUUCUCUCCCCAUUUUCUCCACACCUCGUUUAGAAACAAAUGGGGGAAGGGAAGCGAAGGAGUUUCUUCUCAGCAAUGGGGCAGCUGCCUGUGUAGUCACAUAUAGGCAGAUAAACACAUAUAGAGGGUUUUUUAGUGGCUUCGGGCAGCCGUGCGUAUGUAGUGUGUGCAUAACCAACGCUUAAACCUAAGGAAGGGGAAACUGCAGUCCUUUGCAAUAGCUACGUGGGAGAAAUAGUUACUUCUGAGAAAACAUGCACAGCAGGCUCGCUCCGUAAGAGAGAGGCAGCGACGCCUCUGUUGCCAUGGUUCGUUCCCAAGUGACAGAAGCCUAUUUCAUAUUUUUAUUUAUUUUACCAUGGCAUUUUGUGGCGCUGCUAAUUGUGGGGAGAUGACAAACGUGCUUGGUUUUGGACUAGACUAGAGCAGGGAAAAGCAAUUUAUUAUUGGGGGGGGGCGGAGUGUCCAAAAUCAUCCUGUCUUAAGGAACCAAAAUGCAUCUUGUGGUAUACGGUGUCCUCUUCACAGGUAGCCAAUGACACAAAACAUGCUUGGGGUGGCUGACAACAAACAUACUAGAAUCACAAGACCGUAUGCAGUAAUAAUUAAAGCUUAGCAAUCAACAAUAAAAGGCAGCAACCCCCUGACCCAAAAUAACUACCUGCAUACAGUGGUACCUCGGUUUAUGAACACAAUUGGUUCCGGAAGUCUGUUCAUAAACUGAAACAUUCAUAAACUGAAGCGAACUUUCCCAUUGAAAGUAAUGGAAAGUGGAUUAAUCUGCUCCAGACGGUCCGCGGAGUACUUAAACUAAAGCGUUCAUAAACUGAGGCGAACUUUCCCAUUGAAAGUAAUGGAAAGUGGAUUAAUCCGUUCCAGACGGGUCCACAGAGUAGUCAACCUGAAGUGUACUUAACCCGAAGCAUGUGUGUAAUUGGUUCCGGAAGUCUUUUCAUAAACUGAAGCGUUCAUAAACUGAAGCGAACUUUCCCAUUGAAAGUAAUGGAAAGUGAAUUAAUCCGUUCCAGAUGUGUCCGCGUCAUUCGUAAACCGAAAAUUCGUAAACCGAGGUAUUCAUAAACCGAGGUUGCACUGUAUUUGAUUUCCUCCAGCUAGUUUCCCGUUUCCCAUUAUAUCUUAAUCUACAUUCAACAGUAUAAUGUAGAACAGAUUAAGAUAUAAAGGAAAGGCGGGCAGGGGCGUAGUAAGGUGCAGUAGGUGCGAUCUGCCCCGGGUGUCCCCACUGAGGGGGGUGACAAAAUGGUGGGCGGCACUCACUGCGGGGCCUGCAGCGCGCUGGAGCCACACAUCUUUGGCGCCCGCAGGCUCCUCGCUGUCCUCCCACUGCCCCCUGGGCGCAGCGCCCCAGGUACCCAAGAGGCUUCCACCACCACUGAAGGAGGGAACUAGAUGGAGGAAAUAGACUAUGCAGUUACUUUUGGAAGUAUAGUGGUACCUCUGGUUAUGAAUGCUUCUGGUUAUGAACACUUCUGGUUAUGAGCGCGGCUAACCUGGAAGUAGCUGAACUUUGCCCCAGGAUGCAAACGGAAAUCAUGUGCCGGAGGCGCACGCGCAGUGGGAGGCCCCAUUAGUGAAAGCACACCUCAGGUUAAGAAUGGUUACAGCUUAAGAACGGACCUCCGGAACAAAUUAAGUUCGUAACCAGAGGUACCAGUGUACAAGGAACCAUGGAAGGAGAAGAAGGGAAGUCAUUGGAUGUACUGUUGUGUAAUGGUGGGAAAUGUAUAUCUGAAAAUUUAAUAAAUAAAAUUUAAACAACAAAAUAACUACCUAGAAAAAGCAUAAAAUAGUUUGCAGUCUGGUGUUAAAAAAACUGCUUUAAAACUUCAUAAAAUCUUCCCCUGUUGCCAAAAAGGCUGUAAAGAAGGGACUGGAGAGGCAUCUUUGCAGAGGUUUUACUCAGAUGCCACUUCCAAAAAGGCUCUGUGGUAGCCCCAAGGUUCACUAGUUAAGGAUAUAACAGCAGAACAUGUGUACCUGACUAUAGCAGCAGUUCAGGCAUUCCAUAUACAGUAAAAAAAAACCCAUAAAGAGAUCACUUUACUUAUGGAAUCUGAGCAAACUCUCCACCAUACCUUGCAUUUACAAUAUUCCAGGGAGCAAAUAUAAUUGAUUUGGGGAUCUGUAUGCAAUUCAUGGGUUUGUAGUUGCCAACUUGUUUCUACAGCAGGCACCCAACUUUUGAGACCUGAGAGCACCUUUAGAAAUCUAAAAAAUUGUGGCCAGCACAAAAUACCCAUUUCACAGAAGAUUUUUUUUAUGCUGAGACCCUCCAACUCCUGUCAAAAAAGAGGCAAAUUUAUUAUGCACAACUCUAAUAAAACAGACAAAAAAUAGGCCACUGCCUGCCAAACAAAUAACACCUCCUAAAUUAAAAACUUCAUUUUUUGUUUUUGUAAUCUAAUGGUACACCACUUUGAAACUUGGGUGUUAAACGGUAUGUAAGUUGUUGAAAUAAAUAAGUUUUUUUUUAGAAGGGAGGGGCAGGAGUUCCAUCAUGCCCAUACAUAGACACCUACUUGGGAGUCCUAUUUUCAAACUGAUACUUUUAUGUGGGGACAGGUGUACUCAACCAGUGGUUCUUUUAGCAAACAGGAACAGUCAUGAUGAUCUGGCUAGUUACAACUGAAGGUUGAAUUAUUGGGCAACAAGUAAGCUUUGAUAUCAGCCAGGAAUGCAGUUCUUACGUUUUCAAGGUUUAUGUCAAAGGAGCAAAUAUAAAACAUCUCAUUGACUUGCACAGAAAGAGUCUGCAAACAAUUAAAUCAAAUAAUGUGUGAUGGCCCCAUUACAGGAUAUUGGAUAGUAGCUCUCUUUGAUACUUUUGCUCUGUCUGUAACCAUCUUCCAUUUUUCCUGCCCCCUUGCAACAUUCUACCACUUUGCUCCUCCUGAUUUCUUCCUAUUAUGACACACUUCUUCAGAAUCUGUAUUACUUAUGUAAGUUAGGCUAGAUUCCAAACUCUGCUUACCUGGGAGUAAGUCACUGAAUUAAGUAUAAAUUUCUUCUGUGUAUAUAAGGUAGGAUUGCUUUGUUGUUGUUUUAAAUGUUCAUUACUACAGUUCAGCGAGUUAGCCAGAGGGUUUGGGGAGCAGACACACUUGAUGUGCUAGAUUACAAUUUUAGGAGCUGUUGGGGUUCUGUCCCCUAAUUUCCCCAACAUUCAUGUAACAUCACUGCAGUAGUUGUAGGCUAAGAGGGCAAAAAAAUUAGUCAACAGCAGGAAUACCAUUUAGAUCAGUGAUCCUGGGUUAGCAGUACACAGUUUAGCUAAGUAUGCAUUUAAGAUUAUGCAAGAUGAAAACUUCAUAAUGUCUCUUUUCACAAUACCAACCUUAUGCAUCAAAAUUUAAUUGGAGCAUUUUCAGUGUCAAAAAAUAUGAAUUUUUAAAAUAUUUUGAAUUUUGAUGGAUAAAGUAUUUUGUUUUUAAAAUCCCAAUCAUUUAGAAUAUAUUGUUUUCAACAACUCAACCUGGUAGCUGCUGUGUCAAAUCAAUAGCCUAUCUAGCCCAGCAUUUUGUUCUCACAGUGGCCAGCCAGAUGCCUUUAGAAAGCCCACUAUUGCAAAUAAAUGUUACAGUUCUCCCCUAUUUAUGGUCCCCAGUAACUGGUAUUCAGAGUCAAACUACCUCUAGUAUUAAAGAUAAUGAAUAGCCUUAUUUACCAAGAAUCUGCUGCAGGAAUUCCAUGCAGAUGAGUGAGUGACCUGGUAGAAUCGUGAUAUAUUUAUUUGGUCUCCAUACUAGCCAUGGAGCAGGAAAACCCCUUUAUGCACAUCUAGCACAUGAACUAAAUAGGCUAGUGUAAGACUUCUCUUAUAGAAGUUCUUUUUAUUUUAUUUUAAACUAUCCUGUGGAUGAGAGGGCUGGUAAAUAUUUUUGUAGGCUACUAACUUUUGUUAGUAAUUGCAUUAAAUGCAAGAUUGCAUUAAAACAAGUAUUUGUAGAAGAGGAAACAGUAUUACUCAAAGAAACAGGAAGAUCUGGUAGCAGGGAUCUUGUUGCAGAAAAUAGGAAUUUUGGGAAUUAUUUAUGAAGCUUCAUCUAGGGUGGAUGAAGAUUUGAUAUUAUAUCAAGCCUAUUUUUCAAUGACAGUAAAAAAACACAACACCUAGCAAACUAAUAGCCUGGUCUAUUGUUUUAGACAUAAAAUACUUUUUUUUAGUUGCAUUAAUAGAAACACAGCAUCCACCACUUAGGGAGUAACGUCUUAUGCUUGGCUUUGAUCAUGCUUUUGCUGGAACGAUUUUGUCUUGUGUUGAUAGCCACACCUAAGGAGGAUGCAGACAAACUGGCGACAGUUCAGAGGAGAGUAGAAAUAGAUAAGAAUGUGAGAAAUUGGCUAUAAGAAAUAGGAAAGGAAGAAUUGUCUGCCUUAUGAAAAUAGUAUUAAUGACAAGGUAUUUUAGAAAGGUUGCCAUAAGGAAGUGAAGAACAAUUGUUCUCCCUUUUGCUGCCCUUUGCCUUGUUAGAAAUCUUAGGAUAAUGUCUAGAGCAAAGUCAACAAACCAGGAAUAACGUUUUGCCUAUAAAUGUUGCUAAAUUUCUACUUUGGAGCGUUUGGAAAAACAUAUUUUAGGGAAUAUGUUUCCUGUUGCAGUAUGUAACCUGACACUUGAAUUCCCAAUUUAAUAUAAAUUAAGUUGCUAUUUAUUUAUUUUUUAAACAAACCUUUGGCUGCGUACUGAUGAAGAGCUGUGGGGAUAAUUUCCCCUUUAGCACUACAGUGGUACCUUAGUUUAAUUGCAGCUUAGUUUAUGAACAACUUGGAUUAAGAACGCUACAAACCCGGAAGUAGGUGUUUUGGUUUGUGGACUUUGUCUUGGAAGCAGAACAUGUUGAGUGUCUUCCAUUUGUAAAUUAAGUUCAUAAACCAAGGUACCACUGUAUUGUGACACACAUCCAGCUUGAUAACUGUAAUGGGUGAUGGGCAAGAGAUUUGUAGUUGUGGGAGGAUUACUGUUCACCCUCUGCUUCUAACUGUAGAAGCUUUCCGUGUAUACGGUAGGUGGUAGCCUAGGCAUGAUGCCCAACAGCUUCUGAUCUAGGCAAAUUAAUCUCUAUUAAUAAAUAAAAUAAGAUAAAUAAAUAAAAAUAGCCUUGCACAGUUCGACUGGGCCAAGUUUCCAGAAAUACAUGCAUGACCAUUUAUAGGCAAACGUAGAUGGAAAUAAUAAAAUUGUUGAGUUGGAAAGAGACUACAGGGGCCAUCUAGUCUAACCAUUUGGCAUCUUUGUGUUUCCCACAGUAACAGUAAUUUGCAACACUGCCCUGGGUAUAUAGCUAAUUGCAGGUUGGAUUUACAAUUUUGCCCUUGUCAAUUACUGCAACUGAGCAAAUUACAUAAUUGCUCAUCUUGAAGGUGUGCACUUAGGGGGCUUUCUCUGUUCCCUCCACAUCCUACACAUGGUACUGGGUUGUCUGAAAUUAUGACAGCCAGGAAGGGCAAGUAUAUUGGAGGGGCUGCUGGGGAAGGGGUAGUGUAUCCCUUACAUUCCUCCCUCUUUCAGUUUAUUUCCUUCCCAAUGCCCCUCACAUCAGGUCUACAGUAUUUUGUUCUUACAGUAAGAAUGAAUAGUCCCCAUUAAAUUCAUUGGUGUAAAAUAAACUCUCCGUUAACUUCUGUGGCACAAAGCUACUGGCUGGGUUGCAGUAGCUCAGUGGCAAAGGGCUUUCAGUUCCAUGACUUCAGAAAUUCAAACUACUGUACUGUAUGCAGAUACUUUGGAUACUUUUAUAGCUUAAGGAGAAGAGGAGGUAUACAGGCAAUUGUCUGUGGAUGUUACUACCAUUUAGAAAACAAAUGAAAAACCUAUAUUACAUUUUGGCACGUUUCUUUGUCAUAAAUUACAGUUGCCCUAUUUGUUGAUGCUUCAACAUUAUCUUAUUUCUAAAGCAUUUUAAGCCUUGCUUUCCCUAUAGCUUCAAGCUAAGAUUUUCUCCGUCCACAUUUGUAUAUGCCAAAUGGUACGUUAGCCUGCUUUUUGUGUGGGUGCGAGGGAAGCCUGAAGGAUUUGUAUUCAAGUUGUUGUCAGCUCUGAUGGAACCAAAAUAAUCUGAAUAACCUGUCAUAAUUGAAAAAUGCUAGCCUAGAUUAAUGUUAUCAAAAGAUCACUCUGAACUACAACCAUUUGAAGGAAAUUAUGCCUAGAAUUUCAGUUUUACUAGUCUAUGAUUUAAAAUACUCAGUUGUACACUAUAAGAUAUUGUGCAUUACAAGCUGUGCUUAAGAUGCUUACACUUGCUCUCAGUGCUAAAUGAAGGCUACAACAAUACAUACUGUAGUUUUAGCCAUUCAUCUGAAAGAGCCUAAGGCAAACCAAUCAUCCUAAGCUCCUGAGCACAUGCAAGCUAAUCACACUUUCUCCUUGACAUUAUUACUACAGUAUUUUUAAAACUGACAAGAAUCUUGUGUUCCACCAGGGCUCUUAAAAAUCGCAAAAGCUCUAUUGAGUGGAAAGAAUGCUCUUGAUUGUUCCAAAGGAUUUUAUGAGUGGAUACAAACAGUGCCUCUCUAGUAGGAUUCUUGUAUUUAGGAGCCCAGAUAUAGAUGGAGGUGGUUUGAUGAUCCUUAAGCUUUGGUGAAUGCCUUUUGCUGAAUUGAAUUUCACUUUAAUAGUUAGCUAAAAUCUGCUUUAAGGAUACCUCUUUAUAAAAUAAAGAUUAGUACUGCACUUGAAGAAAACUCAAAGAAUUUGAUUACAGGGCAAGAACUGAGAAUCUGUUCACUUGGUUGUGCAAUGGAAAAUGCAGAUAAAGGCAAUGCUUCUCCCAGAGAGGGACUUCUGCUUAGACUGGGCCUCAAUGAUAACAAAGCUGGAAUGCAGGGGCUGGAUAAGGAGAAGAUCAACAAAAUCAUAAUGGAAGCUUCCAAGGGUUCUAAAUUUUAUGAAAAUGAGCUGAAAAAGGAUCAACAAGUUAAUGAGCGAAUUGAAAAAAUCCUGAAAUUAAAAAGUAAAGUAACAGACCAACAGCUUAUGAAAGCACAGAUAAAGAUGGAUAAGCUUGCAAUGAAGUUAGAUCAGAGCCGUGAUCUUAGCUGUACUAUUGUACACAUUGACAUGGAUGCCUUUUAUGCAGCUGUUGAACUGAGAGACAAUCCUGAAUUGAGGGACAAGCCCAUAGCAGUGGGAUCAAUGAGUAUGCUGUCCACUUCAAAUUAUCAUGCUAGAAGAUUUGGGGUACGUGCAGCCAUGCCUGGGUUUAUUGCCAAGAAACUCUGCCCACAUCUUACUAUAGUGCCAUUAAACUUUAAGAAAUAUGAAGAAGUAAGUAAAGAGGUUAGGGAAAUACUUGCUGAAUAUGAUUCCCACUUUAUGCCCAUGGGGCUUGAUGAAGCCUACUUGAACAUAACAGAGUACUUGGAAGAAAGAAAGAACUGGCCUGAAGACAAAAGGGAGCAUUUCAUCAAAACAUACAACUCUGCUCUAAAUGAGCAACAACACCAACAGUCAACAACUCAGAUAAAGCCAGUUGUCUUUGGAGCAUCAGCUGAGGAAGUGGUGGAGGAAAUUCGCUUUAGGAUUGAACAAAAAACAAGACUUACUGCCAGUGCUGGCAUUGCUCCAAAUACGAUGUUAGCAAAAAUGUGUAGUGAUAAAAAUAAACCGAAUGGUCAAUAUAGAAUACCCCCAGAAAGAGAAGCUGUGAUGAACUUCAUCAAAGAUUUAGCCAUUAGAAAGGUGCCUGGCAUAGGAAAAGUAACAGAAAAAAUGCUUAAAGCUCUGAACAUUGUGACUUGUUCAGAACUUUACCAGCAGAGGGCACUAAUUUCUCUUCUCUUCUCUGAAACAUCUUGGCGUAAUUUCUUGGAAAUCUCACUUGGUUUGAGUUCCACCCAUUUAGAAAGGGAUGGAGAAAGAAAAAGCAUGAGCACUGAAAGGACAUUUAAUGAAAUAAGUGCUGCAGAACAAUACAGCUUGUGUCAAGAACUCUGCAGUGACCUUGCUCAGGAUUUGAAAAAGGAAGGACUUAAAGCUAGAACUGUAACUUUAAAGUUGAAGAAUGUAAACUUUGAAGUAAAAACAAGAGCUACUACAGUAAUGUCUGCAGUUUCUACUGAAGAAGAAAUAUUUGCUGUUGCUAAAGACUUGCUUCGGUCAGAAACGGAGGCUGUGGCCCCACAACCUUUACGUCUGCGACUGAUGGGUAUACGGGUAUCAGGUUUUCUAAAUGAAGAAGAAAAGAAAUAUCAGCAAAAAAGCAUUGUUAAUUUCCUAGAGCCUGGAAAACAUAUCAGUACCACCGGGCUCUUUCCUAGGAAAUCGGAAGAGGAAUUUUUUCCAAAUGCUUCUGAGAAGGAGAGUUUUUUCAAUAAAAAGCGAGCUACAAGACAGCAAACUAAUCAAGCAGCUUCUUUAAAUAUGUCUCCAAACAAGCAGAAUCUACAAGAUAUGAAGUCAUCGGUGAUGUCAGUUGAACCAGCAGAGAAUAAUGGUGAACAUCAGAUCUUCAUUUGUCCUGUUUGCUUUGAAGAACAUCAAGAUAGCACGUUAGAGGCAUUUAACAGGCAUAUUGACAGGUGCCUUAGUGGAACGUUGGAAGAAGAUAUUGUAGAUAACAGCAAAUCAUGGCAGAAUACAACUGAGUUGUCUGUAGACAUGGAAAAGAAAGAAUGUCAGAAAGAUAAAACAAGUAAGCCACAGAUUGAAGUACAGUCAGCAGAUAUAGUUGAUAAUGCUACAAACAGAAGCACAGACAUUUUCCCUAAGCUGCAAGAUGAUGAACACAGUAGGGAGAGUGAGUGUAGCCUUUCUAGUAACUUUGGAUUUGAUACAUGUGCAAAACAGGAUUUUUCCUCUAAUGUCUUAUCUGUGGAAAAAGAAGAAUAUUUUGAAGAGCCCAGUUCUUCGGAAAUUAAGUUGCCAUGUUUUCCUGAUGCUACUGAAAACAAGGUUUUAGUUUGCCCAGUCUGCAAUUUAGAACAAAAAACAACGGACCUUGCUCUGUUUAACAGGCAUGUGGAUGUUUGUUUGAACAAAGGAAUUAUAAAGCAGUUGACAGAAGAGUCAAAAAGCCUUGGAAUCUUGGACAGAGGACAGAAUAGUACAAAUUUCACAGUAGGAACCAAACGGUCUGGAACAGUGGUUCCCCAGUCGUCAUCUAAAAAAGCCAAGUCAAAUAAUUCUAAGUAUACUAUAGAAAGUUUUUUCAAAUGAAUACUAUUUAUUUUAAGGACAUUUUCAUCACUGUUAAAGUACAAUACUUUAGAUAUAAAGUACAUUGCUCAGGAUUAUGCAGGCUUUACAUUUGUGUAAAAAUUUUAUAGACACUUUUACACUAUUCAGAUCACCAUUUUAUUAUCAGCUAUUUGCCUUACAAUAACACUUCAUAUUUUAGUUACAGGUAGGUAGCCGUGUUGGUCUGCCGUCGAAACAAAAUAAAAAUAAAAUAGAAAAAUUCCUUCCAGUAGCACCUUAGAGACCAACUAAGUUUGUCAUUGGUAUGAGCUUUCGUGUGCAUGCACACGAUUGGUAUCUGAAGAAGUGUGCAUGCACACGAAAGCUCAUACCAAUGACAAACUUAGUUGGUCUCUAAGGUGCUACUGGAAGGAAUUUUUCUAUUUUAUUUAUUUUUACUUCAUAUUUUGACUUCUUUAAAAGUCAUUUUAAUAGCUCUUUGAUAGAAAAGAAAAAAUGAAGGAUUGAGCUUUCAGUUGGUAAUGAACAGAUAUGCUUCAUAAAUGAAACCUUGUUAAAUUUGGGCUGAUGGUGAUUGGAGCAGUAAUGCCAAGAUUUAAGAUUUGGUUCACCUUCUGUUGUGCUAUACAAAAAGCUUAUUGCAGGCAGUGAUGAAGUCGUAGUAUAUUUAGCACCCUGCAUUUCAAGCACUUGAAGUAUCUACACACCAAACUACGCACACGAAAAUUCUAACUCCAGUUAAUUUAAACAGGAGAUCUGCUCUCUCUCCAUAGGCAGUCAGAACUUCAUGUACCAUCUAGACUAGACUAAAUUAUCUUAAUACUAAAUCUUUACCUUGGAUAUGGGGGAGCUACUAUGCCUCAUUUGAAUAAGAAGAAAAAGAUUUUUUAAAACUUGUUUAUGGUUAUCAAUAUCCAAGAGCCCUUGGAGAGACAUAAAUUGUACUGUUGGAACAUUUUCUGUUCUGUGGCUUUGUAGAAACUGUUUUCAGCGCAAUAGUCCAAAAGGCUCUGACUUCCCGAAUUAAUGAUUAAGGAGGCAAUGCACUUAGUGAAGUCAACUAGACUAAUUCAGUAAGACUAGAGAAGUGUAACAGAUUCAAUGUAAUAAAAACAGGGUAGGAAGUUGUAUAAUCAAAUAAAUCCAGCCUGUGUGUCUAAUUCUCCAAUAAUUGAUCUCAUAAAGAUAGGAAAAAUGAUAUUUAGCUCUUAAGUGAAGGAAUUUUACCAAUCAAAUAUUAAAGAUUAUGAAGAGUAAUGUUAAUUUCUUGUUUACAUUUUCCAAACAUUAUAAAUGGUAUAUAUAUUUGUGUUUAUAUAAAUUAUCAAAUGUUUUAAAAUAAUUUUAUACAUAGUACAUUCACAAUGUAAUAUAUCUUCCAAAAUAAAUCUAAUAUAGAAUAUAUUUUCCAAAACAAUUUGGUCAGACUUCUAUCAAGUUUAUCAUAAAGUUGCUACUCUCACUGUAAUGCAAAAUAAAGUGGCUUUGUAAAAUGUAUGUUCAUUAUUAGAACCAUACUUUUAACUUCUCUGCUUUAGCAGUAAAAAGACUGGUCUCAGCUUCUUCAGUUCUACAUAUCCAACCUGUGCCUUAAUAGCUCAGUCCUGUGGAAUAGAUUUGGUCAUUUUGAUGCAAACUGCUGUGAAAUUGCCAUCCAUUAUUUGAUAGUUGGAAAAAGCUCUGCCUCCCCCUUCCAAACAAUCUGGGGAUAUAGUUUACUGUCCCACCAUAGAAAAUGGUGGGAAAAUGGCAUUCAAUUGCUUAAUUUCAGAGUCGGGAUCAACACAAGUUAGUGCAAGACCUUUUUAUCUCGAGAGUGACAUUCUCUUCAAGGCAAGCACACAUGAUAGUGGCAGGUGGGGCCAAAGGCAAAGAUGGGUGGGGCAAUAAAUGUAAAUUUUACCUUGGUACAGUAGGCUUGUUUAUACACAUGCACCUCUAUUCUCCAUCCAGGCAAACAAGAAUAAUCAUAGAAUCAUAUAAUUGUAGAGCUGGAAGGGACUCUGAGGAUCAUCUAGUCCAGGCAUAGGCAACCUUGGCUCGCCAGCUGUUUUGGAACUACAA